CGGUAGGAACCAGAUCGGAAGAUUGAACAUGGCGGUUAAAAAUAGAUAAGUCGAAGAAAGUUGUGAAAUAAUUUAUUGUUUAGAAGACUGCGAGAAUAGAUCGUAAGAAACAAAAACUGCGGCAGUUGCAACUAUGACGGAUACGAGAAAAUUCUCCGCUGGAUGGAAACUGGAUGGUGACGAUAAAGCUUGCUACAUCGAUGUCGAGGACGAUCCGGACGAGGUGGAGAACGAGUACGGGAGCGCGGCGAGCAGGACUUCCAAACUGCACAGACUCGAAGGUAGAAACGAUGAUGAGCUUGCUAACGGUCAGUCGCCGUGGUGUGAUUUACCGGAUCAUAUCAUGGAGCGCAUCUUUGCCCACCUGAGCAUCCGCCAGAGGUACUAUGCAAGUUUGACUUGCUUCAGCUGGUACCAAGCGUUCUACCUGCCCAACGUGUGGUCCAAUUUUCUGGUGGAAGAUGAAACGCUCGCGAGACUGAAGUUUAACUACUACUCCGGCUGGCAGCCGGUGCUGGAUCAUGCCAGAACGCAGAACUGUUUGCUGGCCGUUGGGCGGCUCUUCCGGGGAUUGGAUUUCCGCCCGCUGAUCUCGUUCAACAAUAUGUUCCAAUUUAUGACGCUGAUCUCGUGGGCGAUUGAGCAAAACCAGCGCCCCAAAUGCCCCCGCGAGUGGCUCGGUUGUGGGCAGAAAAUUAAAUCCUUAAACUACAUAUUUCCCUGCAACAUGGCCUCCAGCGAGGAUCCGGAAUCAAUAAAACUGUUCGGCACGGGCGGUCAGCUGCUGGCGGCGCUCAAGAGGCUAAUGUACAAUUUGCCCCACCUGCAGACGCUCAAGCUGGUCGAUUUGAUGCUGGAGCGCUACGAAGCGAACCACCUGCUGGACGAGGUGCUGGAGGCGUGCUGUUUGGUGCUGAAGAGGUUGCAUCUGAUAAACGUGACCAUGGUGCACUGUCCCGUGAUGCACAUCGGGCUGUUCCUGAAUUUGCAGGUACUGGUGGUGUCACCGCAGAACAUCGACGAGGACGUUCUGGUGCUGCUGGCCGACUCGAAAGUGCGUCAUUUGUACCUGUUCCAGAACCGCUACACCCCGGCGGCCAUCUCUAUCAGUCCGGGCUCGGCGAAAGGUUGGCGGUUGCUGCGCCGCGAUAAUCCAAAUUUACGGGUACAUUUACGCGUCGAGUCAACAAGUAUCGGCGAGAUUCUGCUCCAGCCCGAGGCACCGGUGCACAGCAUGAUUUAUCAGUCACCCAAAACAAUGAUUACUUCGGAUAAGUUGCUGGCUGCAGUUGAUGCUUACAAAUUUACGUUGUUCGUUUACGGACACGAAAUGCUGGCGGAUUUCACCUGUCAGGUAGAGUUCCAGGAUCGAGCGGAUAGCUUGCUGGUGCUGAUGGCUAGGUCGUGUCCGAACUUGUCAGUGUUGAUGGUUCGCGAACGCAUCUCAACCGCCACAGCUCUGCUGAUUGCACAUUCAGCCCAAAAUUUGCGCCAUUUUUACGUUCGUCGUAGUCAGCUGAUAGUGGAGUGUGAUUGGCCCAAAAACCCUGAGUGGAGCAACGAGUUUCAUCACUGGUUACGAACGGCGUCCCGUAGCAUCGAGAGCACCCAGAAGGAAGUCUCGCAAAUUCUGCAGGCGGACUGGCGAGCACUGAGCGAAGAACACUUUCAAAAGACCUCCCUCGUUAAGCAUGUGGACCAUUGAAAAAUAAAUAAUGGAAUAAAGAGGGCGACAACUAGAACAUAAAUGCGAA